AUGCCGAACGCUCAGUUCUCGAGACUUCAUCGCGUUCUAGCCGCGCUGUCCGACGUUGUCAGCUACCCCGAAGCCGACUACCAUAUACGGCUGCAUGGGGUUUUUCGGGCGGAUCCAGGCGUGGAGAAGAUCGAUGAGAGCUGGUACCAAGCGUUUUACGGCAGCACUUACUACGGGCUCUACUUUGGAACGCCGGAAAAAGUAGACAUGGUGCAUGUGAAAGGAAACGGAGCUUUUUACGUGGCACUGGUGGAAGACUUGUGCCCCCAGUACGCGUACGAUCUCGAGCGCGGAAUGAUUCUAAACACCAACAUGUUUGCGCUGAAGAACAUUCUGCGAGAGCUAAGUCCUCAAUGGUAUCAAGUACAUACGACCCAGACCCAGCAAGAAUCGGACGCUGAUUACAAGUUCCUAUUUGGCGGGACUGCAAGGGAGAUCUACCGUGAACCCCGUGUCGACAACGGCGUUUACGUCCUACCAUGGAGGCGUAUAUUCAUCCCCGUGGAUGCGAUGGAGACACUUGGAGCUAUGAUGCAAAGCGAGUGGCAUCGGUUCGAGCUAGACGUGCCAGAAAUCCAUGCCGAGCUAACUCCUGGUAUGCUGGACCCUGACCCAACGUUAAGCCAAGAGAACAUUCUUCGCGCAGCUUUUCUCGGCUCGAGUAGGCUGCCGCUCUUGGCACACUUGCCCACUGAUUCGCGGUGGUACAAGGGGAUGCUGGAAUUGAAGCACGCCAAGGCGUUCCGCGUACUGAAGGAAAACGGUUGGGGGCGCCAAUUGCCCACAUGCUCUACUGUUGGAGAUGCCGCUGCCAUCCUGUCUUCCGAGAGCUCCGAUACACCAAAAGAUAGCUCGCUCCGCGACCACGUUCGUCAGCUUCAACAGCGCGUCGACCACUUCAACCAUACCCUCAUCGUCGUCAGCGCCAGCGCUGACGGACCUUUCACAAUAUGGGACGGCAACCACCGCGCUAUCGCAUUGGCGCUCACCCAACCGGACAGCCACCUACUGCUCGUGUACAUGGGCGUCAGCCCCAGCUUUGCCUCUCCGCACCGAGGCUCGCUGUACUGCCCCUGA